GUGGAGGAUGACGGUCGUCGAGUACGCGCAGUAUGGCACCGAGGCCGAGCUCCCGGAGAUCAUGAGCCUCUUCGAGAAGGACCUCUCGGAACCCUACUCGGUGUACACGUAUCGGUACUUUCUCUACAGCUGGCCCGAGCUCUGCGUCCUCGCGCGCUCCGAAGGCGUCAUUGUCGGCGCGAUCGUCUGCCGCCUCGAGGAAACCCAAGGCGUCAUCAAGGGCUACAUCGCGAUGCUGGCCGUCGAGAAGAGCUUCCGCAAGCAUGGUAUCGGGUCCGCGCUCGUGCAGAAGGCCAUCGACCAGAUGAUGCGCAUGCGCUGCGACGAAGUCGUGCUCGAGACCGAGAUCACCAACGUGGCCGCGAUCCGAUUGUACCAGAACUUGGGGUUUGUCAAGGACGAGCGCCUCCUCAAGUACUACCUCAACGGCGUCGACGCCUUCCGCCUCAAGCUAUGGAUGCAUUAAUACCAAGCCAUCCUCCUACCUCGUC